UGUUAUAAACCACUUUACGGAUGGACUCCAUAACCAGGCCCAUACACGGCCCGUACAUGGCCCGUGUCCGUCCAAGGCCUUAAGGCCCAUCGGUCUUAUCCUUUUAUCUAGGUCGGUUUAGUAUUCCUAAUGUAAUUGGGCUUUGCCUUUGACUAUAUAUAUGUAACCUCGAGUUUGAUCAAUGAAUAAGAACAAGAGAAUUCCUUCAUUCGAUUCUCUAGUUUACAACAUGUUAUCAGCACGAUCGUUUCUAAAGAUCCAGCUGAGUAAAACCCUAAAACCCUAACCGCCGCCAUUCAUCCUUCUUCUUCCACCAAAACCCUAAACUGCCAUCCUUCUUGUCUUUGUUCGAAACUAACUCCUAUUCACGAGCAAACAUGUGCUCGUGAUCAAGUUCUAUCCGAAACCAGUUCGAAGUUGGUUCGCGGUUCCGGGGUGAGUGCAGUACGUGAGCGGUGCAAGGAGCGGUUCGAGAUCUGUUUGCGGUUCUGUUCAAGGUUCAUGGUCCAUCCAAGUUCGAGGUUCGUGAGAGAUAUCUGAGGUCUUUAGCUCCCAGAUCAAAACCGGUCAGCCCCCUUUAGGUGUUAAGAUGGCAAGGCUUAACAACCUAGACUAUGCUGCUUUGAAUGCUUUUGGAGACAACUACCUGCAAUGGGCAUUGGACACUAAAAUCAUGCUAAAGUCAAAGGACUUAUUUGAGUGUAUUGAGGAAGGUUUUGAACCAUCUGACAAACAAAAGUACAAGGCCAUUAUGCAUAUGCGCCAUCACCUUGCUGAGAGUCUUAAGAACCAGUACCUCAUCAUAAAAGAUCAUUUUGACCUUUGGACAGAGCUUAACCGCAGAUACGGACACCAACGAAUGGUGCUCCUACCAAAGGCUCAAUUCGAUUGGAAAAACCUAAGGAUCCAGGAUUACAAAUCCGUGGAUGAGUAUAACUCAGAGCUUUUUAGGAUUGUCUCACUCCUUAGGUUGUGUGGUACUAAGGUCACCGAGAAAGAGCUACUAGAGAAGACAUUGUCCACUUUUAGCCCUAACAACAUAUUGUUUCAACAACAAUACCAAGAAAAGGGUUUUGAAACCUAUGUGGACCUAAUCUUGUGUCUACUGCUAGCUGAGCAGAACAAUGAAUUGUUGUUGAUGAACAGUGAUAUGAGACCUCCUGGUACAGCCCCAUUACCAGAAGCACACAAGGUGGAUGUGGUAAAGCAAAAUCCGAAUGAGCCUAAGGAGCCCAAAGAGACCAACUAUGUCCACAGAGAAAGACAUUAUGGCCGUGGCCGUGGUGGUAGAGGACGUGGUGGUAGAGGACGUGGUGGUCGUGGACAGUUCUAGGCUAGCCGCUUUGACGGUAAUGGCCGUGGAGGCCGUGGACGUGGUGGUAGGGGCCGAGGGUCCUUUAACCCAUAAAACAAGGCUAAAUCUGUUUGUCACCGAUGUUGUAUGUCCAACCAUUGGGCCAAGAAUUGCAGAACACCUAAGCAUCUUAUUGAUGCAUAUCAAGAAGUCUUGAAGAAGAACCCAGAAGCCAACUAUGUGCAUCUCGAUGGUGAAGAUGACUUCGACCAUGAGAAUGAUGAUUCACUAGCAUAUGAGACUUCCGAUUGCCUUAAAGAUGAUGACUAAAUUUCGGUUUUACUUUGGUUUAAUUUUAUGAUUUUAUGGUAAUGUAUUGGAUAAUUAUUUUGGUUUAAAU